AUGAAUUUUGAAACUUCUCGGUGUGCCACCUUAGAGUACUGCCCCGACCCUUACACCCAGCGGUUCGUAGAAACCCCAGCUCAUUUCUCUUGGAAAGAAAGUUACUACCGAUCCACCAUGUCCCAGAGCACACAGACAAGUGAGUUCCUCAGUCCCGAAGUUUUCCAGCAUAUCUGGGAUUUUCUGGAACAACCUAUAUGCUCGGUUCAGCCCAUUGACUUGAACUUUGUGGAUGAACCAUCAGAAAAUGGUGCAACAAACAAGAUCGAAAUUAGCAUGGACUGUAUCCGCAUGCAGGACUCAGAACUGAGUGACCCCAUGUGGCCACAGUACACAAACCUGGGGCUCCUGAACAGCAUGGACCAACAGAUACAGAACGGCUCCUCGUCGACCAGCCCCUACAACACAGACCAUGCGCAGAACAGCGUGACGGCACCCUCGCCCUACGCGCAGCCCAGCUCCACCUUCGACGCCCUCUCACCAUCGCCCGCCAUCCCCUCCAACACAGACUACCCAGGCCCGCACAGCUUCGACGUGUCCUUCCAGCAGUCCAGCACAGCCAAGUCGGCCACCUGGACGUAUUCCACUGAACUGAAGAAACUGUACUGUCAAAUCGCAAAGACGUGCCCCAUCCAGAUCAAGGUCAUGACUCCCCCUCCUCAGGGCGCCGUCAUCCGUGCUAUGCCUGUCUACAAAAAAGCGGAACACGUCACGGAGGUGGUGAAACGGUGCCCCAACCACGAGCUGAGCCGUGAAUUCAACGAGGGACAGAUUGCGCCCCCUAGUCAUUUGAUUCGGGUAGAAGGGAACAGCCACGCCCAAUAUGUAGAAGACCCCAUCACAGGACGACAGAGUGUCCUGGUACCUUAUGAGCCACCCCAGGUUGGCACUGAAUUCACAACCGUCUUAUACAAUUUCAUGUGUAAUAGCAGUUGUGUUGGAGGGAUGAACCGCAGGCCGAUUUUAAUCAUUGUUACGCUGGAAACCAGAGAGCACAGCAGGGCUCCCUGUGAUUCUGUCCUUUGUGCUGUAAAUCUCGGCUGCAAACACACCCAGAAAAGAUCUAUAGAAAUGGAGACAGAAGAGGCUUUUCGUCAGAACACACAUGGCAUCCAGAUGACAUCCAUCAAGAAACGGAGAUCCCCAGAUGAUGAGCUGUUGUACUUACCAGUGAGGGGCCGGGAGACGUACGAAAUGCUGCUGAAGAUCAAGGAGUCCCUGGAACUCAUGCAGUACCUGCCCCAGCACACUAUUGAGACCUACAGGCAACAGCAGCAGCAACAGCACCAGCACUUACUUCAGAAACAGACCUCGAUGCAGUCUCAGUCUUCCUAUGGUAACAGCUCCCCUCCGCUGAACAAAAUGAGCAGCAUGAACAAGCUGCCUUCUGUGAGCCAGCUUAUCAACCCCCAGCAGCGCAAUGCCCUGACUCCCACCACCAUUCCGGAUGGCAUGGGAGCCAACAUUCCUAUGAUGGGCACCCACAUGCCAAUGGCUGGAGACAUGAAUGGACUCAGCCCCACCCAGGCCCUCCCUCCCCCACUCUCCAUGCCAUCCACCUCCCACUGCACCCCCCCACCUCCGUACCCCACAGAUUGCAGCAUUGUCAGUUUCUUAGCGAGGUUGGGCUGUUCAUCAUGUCUGGACUAUUUCACCACCCAGGGGCUGACCACCAUCUAUCAGAUUGAGCAUUACUCCAUGGAUGAUUUGGCAAGUCUAAAGAUUCCUGAGCAAUUCCGGCAUGCCAUCUGGAAGGGCAUCCUGGACUACCGGCAGCUCCAUGACUUCUCUUCUCCUACUCACCUCCUGCGGACCCCAAAUGGCGCCUCUACAGUCAGUGUGGGGUCUAGUGAGACGCGGGGUGAGCGUGUUAUUGAUGCAGUCCGCUUCACUCUCCGCCAGACCAUCUCCUUCCCACCCCGCGACGAGUGGAAUGACUUCAACUUCGACAUGGAUGCUCGUCGCAACAAGCAACAACGCAUCAAAGAAGAAGGGGAGUGAUGAGCCCAGUGGUGUGGGCUCCUCCUACCCUCUUCCUAGCUGCCCAUUCCCCUACAAGGCACUACUGCUUGGUCUUCACAGCAUUCCCCAACUCCUCUUCUUUGCCUGAUCUCUUACUUGAAAGGGAAGGAAAGGAAGAGCCUAUUUCUUACCUAGUGCUACUGUCUGGCCUGCCAUCUGGUUGCAUUUCUGGCUCUAAGCCUUUGAAUCUAUUGCUUGCGGGACUGGAGUUGCCAUGGGUAGGUAGAAGUGGGGGCAAAGGGAGUGGGUGUCUCCUGAAGUUGCUGAG